UGAUCUAAGUGCAUGUGGUUGUCGCUACCGCAGUAAGAUGACUUGGUGCGAUACCCUGGUGGUAUUAGCACUGCUCGCCUACUCCCUGGCUCCUCUCUCAGCAGCCGCCCGCCAUAGUAACGUUUAACACCAGUAUUGUUGUUCCAGGAUGAUCUAAGUGCAUGUGGUUGUCGCUACCGCAGUAAGAUGACUUGGUGCGAUACCCUGGUGGUAUUAGCACUGCUCGCCUACUCCCUGGCUCCUCUCUCAGCAGCCGCCCGCCAUAGUGCUGAGACCGGUUGCCGGUUUCCAACUCGCUGGACGGGCACGUGGUUCCAGUCCGGGGUGCGCCAGCCAAUCACAAUCCAGGACUCUCGCCUCAGCACGAAAGGCCGCUGUCUCGCUUCGGAGGGUGACAAGUUUCUGCUCGUGGACGACAAAGGAAUUUGCUACAGGUGCGUCGUCAUCCACGAGAAACACGUCAAUGUUCUUCAGUAUAAAGAAACGUACUGCCUGCAGCGUGACAGCCUACACUCUCUGUGUUCGCUGAUCACGGGAGACGCGCUGCUCUACUCCAUGUUCCGCGAGGCCGCCUCCUCCGUGUCCUGCCCGUUCCGUGGAGGCCAUACCUUCACCUACAACCGCGGCCACGGCGAGUGUCGCUAUCCUGUCAGCAGCAUCGACUCCUGCACGCAGGACUCUCGGCUCCUGCUGCGUUACCAGGCGUGUCCUGAUGUCCACGGCACCGAGAGUACAGUGGAGGAACUUCAAUGCCUGGCCACAUGGAAGGAAGGGUCCUCCCGCUAUCUGGUUGGCAAAGUACAUCACAGCCACGCCACUUCCAAUGAGGACAGCUAUCGCUGCUUCGUCUAUGAGAAGAUGUCGGGCAACAAUGUUCCACCCCACCAGCUCUAUGGAGAAGAGGCGGACUUUCGGCCUCGAGCUGAUGAUGUGGAAUACAGGGUUGCCCAGUCAGGAGAUGCUACUUGUAAUGGUCUCUUCAGUCCCAUGGAGGGCUCAAGGACCAUGACUCUGAAAAAAGCAACGGCCAGCACCAAGUGCAAAUUCCCGAGCUGGCUCACGCAGCACCACCAGUGGUACACCUUGGACUAUAGCAGUUCCUACAAGUUCCACCACCGCAACACAACACUGCACGUGUCCAACACCACACUGGGUCAGAUGCCUAGUGAGGGACCCGUGGUGCAGCAACAGCUCUCAGCGUAUGAUGCUGACCAGGAGGUGCGGGUAGUCUGCGCUGAGAUACUGCAGGCUACUGCUGACAUGACCUACCUCGUCACCCACUACACUGUCGGCUGCCAAAAUGGAUACAUGUGCAUGAUGUUCCACAAAAGAGAUGCACACAUCAUAGAGGUCCAAUCGGGAGGCUAUACGAGGAGACCAGAAGAUGCUUGCAGUCCUGGUUAUUUUGACAGGAAUAGCAUUCCAUACAUCACUUUAGUUACUGAAAAUCCUGAACAGAAGAAAUGCCCACAUUUUGGCCGGUUUUCCGUGACAGGUGUUAGUCGUAAAGAGAGACACACAAGGUCACACAGCCAAGAGAACGUUCAGAGCACGCCCAUGGACUUGUACAGCAAGAGAUCCUACAGUCCUAUAAAGUGGAUAAGAACUGAGGAUGGAGGAGAUAUCCAAGACCUCUACAACACCCGUAAAACAAGACUGAAAAGAAACCUGAAGCAUUCAUACAAAGAAAACAUUAAGUUGAACAAAAGUAGAAACUUUGAUGUUAUUGGAAACUAUUUAAAAGUUUCAAGGAAAAAAAAUAAACGGUAUAGAAGAGACUUGGAAUCGUACUCACAAACUAAAGCCUGCUCCUUGGACUUCAAGACCCUGAUGGUCGGUUGUGGAGCCACCGACACGAUGGAGUUCCGCUCGGACUGCUCCGCUCCAGGCAGCAGCAUGGUAUCUGCAUACUCAUGUCAUGGAGGAUGGUCUGAGAAUGGAACCCAUUACUUGAUUACUACACCACUGAGUCGAAGCUCGAGGGGUGCGAGGCGCUAUUGCUUCGUGUACCAGAACCAGGCAGAGUCUGUAGUUCUGUUCUCUACAAGUGCAGACACGUGCCGACGUGACAUCACGCCCGGCUCUACAGGAGUUCUCGCAUUCAACAUCACCAGUCAAGGUCAAUGUAUGGAGCUAAGUGCUGCGUCCAGACCCUACCUGAGCCUCGGUACAGCAGUGGUCCUCGCCAUUCUCCGUUUCCGGUUCGUGCCAGGCAGGUGAUUUUAAUCCGGACUUAUCCUAGCAAAGUAGUUAGCCAAUGAAAGCCGGGUCGGGCGCUGGCAGUGGUCAAGUGGCCUGUACAUCAUCACUCCUGGUGGAUCGGUCUCUCUACUCUUUGGUUCGUUUCAAAUCGUGAUAAAUGCGGUGUCUUUAUAUAUAAGUAUAUGAACAUAUGUACAGAACGUUUUUAGGGUAAGAAUUUUUAUAGCUUUUAAACGUAAUCGUGUUAGGGAGUAUGUUGAUAGGAUGAGACUUGAAAAAUAGAGUCUGUUGUUUGUAUAUCACUUUUAGUUGUUGAAUUGUGUUUAUAAUGCCAACUGUAAAAUUUGCUUGUGAAUUAAAUUUAGACAAAAGUGAAGUAUUAAAUGAGUCACUUCAUAAAAAGGGGAUUGAAUAUAAAUGAAAGUAUUAAUUAAUGUGUUAAAAUCUUUUAUGUGUAUUUUCAUAAUUUAGUGAAUUGAAUAGAUUUCUUUCAAGGCCAAACAUUAACAAUUCUAGAAAUUUUAAUUGUAAUUGUUAUCAUGCAACCUCAUCACUCUAGUGCAGUUAUGAAAAUCUACCAACUUAGUAAAGAAGAAUAAUGGUGCAGUGUUAAUUAUAUUUGUGUUGAAACUACAGAGCAGCUAUCCAUAACACGAUAUACCAAUUUGUGUAACUGGAUUGGAAAACAAUCUUAAUCAAAAGUGUUUUAUGUUCAUGUUUUGCAUUUUGGAUAUUUGUUUAACACUGUUGUAAAUGUUAGUGUAUUUCAAAGUAUACAACUCUUAAGAGUAAAACUCACCAAUCCUGUGAGAUCUUGCUCAUCCCGAACACUGAUAAUAACAUUAUAAACUGAGAUAAAACUAGCAAUGGUAAUUCAUAAUUGGCACCAGUGAAACAAUUUAGAGUCAGCCCUAUAAAAACAGUGUUCAACAUCAAACACUUAUACACCAUUUUUUUUAGAUUUUAUAGCAAUGGGAGGUGUUUUAUUUAAAGAUACAAUUAAUAAGCUUCCAAACGGUUUUUUUUAUUUUUUAUUAUAAAGUGCAUUCUUUUGAAUGUUUACACAAUAAAGUGCAAAAAAGUUUUUUCUACUGAAUAACGGUUAAAAACACUGACAAAAUAUAAUGUUUGGAUGCGUAUUAAUCACAUCUGUAAAAUGAGACAUAUCUCAUAGUUCUACGUCUAAAAAUACAGCCAUAAACAUGUAUGAAGUUCAAAAUUGUUUUUGAAGAGCUAAAAUCAAUACCAGCUGGUACUCAAGAUCUCAAACACUUUUAUACGUUAUUUUUGGUCGUAGAAUAUUAUGGAAGAAGCUCAUUUUAAGGGUUCGAUCAAUAUUGUUUUUAUUUUUUCAAUAUUGCUAUUAAUUAGGCAGAAAUAAUCAAAACUAUUAUUUUACUUUAUCAUCUAAAUAUUUAAAUUCAAGAAUUUUACAAGAAUUACUACUCAGCUUCAUAAGUACAAUAAAAAAAUAUACAAAAAAAUAUCUUUACAAUGGCAAAUCUUCCGUAACUCUAAAACAAAAAUAGAGAAAAUAUGUUUCUGCUUUAACAUUGUUGUUAAAGGUUGAGACAAAAAAAUUAUUUUGUCAUAUAUUUAACCCUUUCAGUACACUCUCAUUAUGACCUCCAAUAAAACUAGCAUGGCUUACGAUUGAUCUCUUUCUUAGGAAAUUCUCUUCUAUUGAAUUCAAGAAAAGCCAGAUUGUGUGGUUAUACAGCACACAUUAGCUCACAAUGCAUAGGCUAUUAGACUUUCUGUUUACUAAGGCACUCAUUCAUAAAAGUAUUUAUUUAAAAUCAAAUCAUUCAAUUUCCUUGUACCAAGUUAAAUUUUGGCUGGCCAAAAGAAAUUGUUUCUCAAUUAUGUAAAUAUUUUAAGGAUAAGCAAAUUCUACAGUGGCGCAUUGGACAUAAACAGACUAAAAACUUUGUAUUAUAAUAACGUUAGUUUAAUUCAGUUCAAGGUUCAAUGCUAUCGCUGUUUUUUCUGUUACUUUUACUGUACAUAAAUAUAUUUCUUUAUAUGUUAGGAAAAUGAAUUAGUCUAGCUUAUUGUUGUAACCUAUAUGAUUGUAUGAACCACAAUUGAUUAGUAAAUGGAAAUGAAACUAGGACAUUUCUGAACGAUAAACAAUGUCCGAUGUAAAGAAUAAUACUGGUUUUUUUAAAGAUAGUAAUUGUUAAAAAAUAAAACAAAAGUUUCUUUUGAAAAACUAAGGGAUAGGACAUCUUUUUUUCUUCUAAAUAAUACAAAAUUUGGACUUUCACCUAUUUUUACACGAAUGAUCACAGCAAAACGUUGUAGUAAAAUUGGGAUUUGUUUAAUGCAUUCAAUUAAUCUAAGAAGAGUAAUUGACAACCCAGUGGAUUUACUUGGCAUUUUAAAAUCCAAUCUUAAAUUAAUACAAUUUAUUAAUUAAGAGAAUUUCAAACUUGAAUAUAAUAUCUAUACGAGUUUUUACAUAUGGUUAAUACUGUGAAAUUGUAAAAAUUUGUGAGUUAACUGUAUAUACCUAAUAAAAGUUGAAUAUUAGGUAAUUUAUCAGAUUUACAAAUCAAAUUUAAAAUUUGUUUACAAAAAUUAUUAAUUUGGUUCAGUUUUUUAUGAAUUUAAAUUGUGGAUUAAGGAUUAAAAAACGAAAGCAGUCAAUACUAUUUUUAGAGUUGAAUUAAUACAUAAUGUCAUUAUUUAAAUGUAGAAAGAUGAAAACGGAAACAUUUGUGGUUCAUUGUGAACGUGUUUCUUCAUAUUAAAAAUAUUUUUCUUUUUUGUACAAUAUUGUUGUAAUAAGUUUUGUAACACUUUUCUAAAAUUCAUGAUUAUUUCAAGAUAGAGAGACUAUAAAUUAAGUGGUUUUAUUGUAACCAAGGUCUGUGAUAGAUUCUAAUAGCUCGUAGUGGGAAAUACAAAUUGUGCAGUAAUGUAUGUACAAUAUUAAUAUGUUAGUGUUGUGUUACAAUUAGCUUUGGAUGCUACUAUAAGGUUGUGGUUAUGAUAUUCCUGUUUCAGUGAAUUUAUUUUAACUUUUUGAUUUUUUUCAGAAAAAUAUGAACUGAUUAUUCAUGUAUAAAAUAAUUUUACCACUGAAUUAUUUUAUUUUAUGUAAAUGUGUUACAACGUACUAACUUUUCAAUUCAGAAUGAAAUCAUAAUCACAUCCUUUAUCAACGCAACCUUUGCGACUUUGUUGACGGUUCUUAUAAGCAAUGUACAAAGUGAUUAUUGACAAACUUUAAUGCCUCUAACUUAUUGAUGCGUCGAUCAGUAACAAAUAUGAUUGAUUUAUAAAGGUGCCUUGAUUGUAACGUAUUGUAAGAUUGACUGGGGUUAUUAUAACAAAUGUUACAAUAGGAAGUAGUGACGAGUGGGUUCGAACAGUAAGUUGUCUUUGCAUUGUUUGUUAAAAUAUCAUUCAGUAAAAAUAAUUGAAUAAAACACUACGUCACUUGUAAAUACCGGUAGUCUCUUUGAAAACAAUUUUUUACUUUCUGCCUUCACUUGCGAUAAAUAGCCACAGCGAAUGCUGAUUUGAAACAGCGUACAUUCAAUCUUAAAAACUUAAUUAGUUUUUUGAAGUUAUUUGCUGACGAAAGCAGAACACCAGUACUUUGUGCCUGGGUUAAUUACGAGCACAUAUUUGGUUUCUGUAAAGAGCAUCACUAAUUUACUGUAAAAUUAACUCCGAACAUGCUAAUUACAAGCUCCUUACUUAAUUCUCCUUCACUGCGACUGAUUUAAAUCCCCCUAGGAAAGUACAUAAAAGGCAUAAAAAUGAAAGUUUUGUAAACAUUAACCUGCUGAAAUGGCUCUUUAAUAGUAUGUUGAAGUAUCAAUCGAAGAUUCACCAGUUCAGUUCUGCCUCUAGGCAAACGUCAGAUAAUUUUUUCCCUUUCCAAUAGACCCGUAUUUGGAUAAUGCUCUUAGGAUGGGUGAGGCAAAAGUAAAAAACGAAGUUUUGGCAAAACAAUGAAAGACAGCUGGAUGUUAUUUGUAAAUAUAGAAGACAUGUAUGUUGUUGCGAUAAUCAUACAGUACUUUUUGUGCAAAGUUCAAAGUAUCUGAGGCUAGCUGAAGCAACCCUCGAGUAAUGAACUGAUGACAUAUUGUACAAAUUUCCUCAACUAAGUUAGGCUGGUUAUUGUUUUGUUUGUUGAUGAAAUAUGAUAUAUUUUUACGUAGCGUACGCCGAAGUUUCUUCUCGUUUAUUACUUUCCGUAGAGCAAUAAGAUUGAUAUUUUUGUUUUAGACACUUUUAAGAUAAUUUAGCGUAGUGAAGAAAACUAUAUUUUCUGUGUUACCUGCUUUCCCUACUUGACCCAUGUAAUGUUCUGUUAGCUGUUUAGUAUUAUGUUGUGCUACUAGUGUUUUGAAUACAGAUAAUAUUUUACAAUAUGUUAAUUUGGAUUAUUAAAAGUAUAGAUUCUAACCGGUUGAUAAUAUUUAGUCUCAAAUAUCUCAAUUGUUUUCUGUAUGAAUAUUUUUCAAUUCCAUAAACGUACCAAAUGUUAGUGAUCUGCUCCGAAUAAUUGGUAUACAACGAAAUAUUCAAAGGUAACUGUAAUAUUAGUGGUGUUAAAAUGGUGGUUUUUUAAUAUAAUUUUAAUGAUUGCAAAUAAAUAAAAUGCUUACAAAGUAACACAAUAAUUCCAUAGGGUGAUUAAAUUUCUAGUUAUGUAAAAAUAGUACAAGGUUAUUUGUUUUCUUAAAAUUAUACAGCUUCUGCUUUUUUUAAGAUAAAAUUAUAAAAUACCUUAAUCUUGGAUAACACCGUUGAUUGCAAAACAGUAACCUAAGAGUCAACAAGAAUCUUAAAGACUCUCUUUAAGACUUUUUUUAAAAGUUAAAGUUUUUAUCUUGUAAUUGAAUUAGAGAAAUAAUAAUCAUAAUUUUAACUCCAUAUAUAAUAAGUACAAUCAUGAUUUAAAAAGCUAAAUUAGGAUUAGAAAUAUUGAUUUACUUGUGAUCUUAAUUUAUUUAAAACAGUCCAACAGGAAAAUAAAUUCCUACAUAUUUCACAAUACUGCAGUUCCCACGUUCCUUCAAUUUUCCUGUAAGAUUAUUUCAGUCUUAGUAGCAGUACAAUAAGUUUCUCUGUAAACAUGACUUAUGUAUAGGUUGUCAGAUAUUUAUAGACUAUGUUGUAUAUUAUAUUUAUAUAUAAUAAAAACAAGCAAUACGUUGAUGUACAUACACAUGCUCAUAUUUGAGUACAAAA